AUGGCUGCACUAAAAUGUUCCCAUUUUGCACUCCUUGCAUUGCUAAGCUUGGUUGUGUGUUCUGCACACAGAACUCUUCAUAAUGAGGCUGGAACCAACCAUGUCCAUGUAGUUCGCAGCUUGGAGGACGUUACUGAUACUCACCAUGCAUUGAACGGACAUGUUUUAAGUAAUGGAGGUGGAGGGGGAGGCGGGGGCGGUGUUGUCAGCUUCCCAACCCCGACCUCUGGUUGUGCCCCUGUAGUUGGAUCUGAUGGUGGUUAUGGAAGUGGGAGUGGCCAUGGCAAUGAUGGGGGCAGUAGCAGUGGAGGGGGAGGCGGAGGUGGUGGCUCGGGUGGAGGGGUACCAAGUUUUGGUGUCCCAAAUUUUGGUAACCCAGGUUAUGGUACCCCGGUUGGGGGAAAUAGUGGAGGAUAUGGAUUUGGUGGUGGAUAUGGUUCCGGGGGUGAUAGUGGAAAUAAUCCACCGGGAUAUGGAGGAGAACCAUGGGGAAUAGUCCCUCCGGGUAAUGAGCCUUACCACUGCCAACCAGUCAACUGUGGCAAUCCCUAUGGUUGUGCUGGAUUGACCAUGUACUUCAGUCACCAUACGCACAUGAAUGAACCUGCAUCCAAUAUGCCAGAACCAGAGAGUACCGGCCAUGCCAUGGCACCUACAGAAUCAGAACUGAACUGA